AUGAAGGAUCUUGGUGACCUAAAAUAUUUCCUUGGCAUUAAAGUAUUGAGAUCCAAGAGUGGGAUUUUACUCAAUCAAAGAAAGUAUGCAUUGAAACUAAUUUCAAACUGUGGCUUGGGAUGUUCUAAACCAGCAAGUACAACUCUAGAAGAAAAUAUAAAGCUCACUAACACUGAUUAUGAUGAGGCAGUUGGGAAAGCAGAAGAUCCUCUGCUAUCAGAUAUCAUUGUAUACCAAAGACUUAUUGGUAGAUUGUUGUAUCUAACUACUACCAGACCAGGCAUACGCUUUGUUGUACAAGUACUAUCACAGUUCAUGCAGAGAUCUAGUUUGUCACAUUGGGAAGCAACUAUGAGAUUGGUUAAAGGUUCCUGUGGUCGUGCCUACCUUUACAUAGCAGCUUAUAAUAGUUUUGAAUACAGACCCGGUGGACUAAAGCUCCUGCUAGGUGCGGGAUCCAGGGAAGGUCGGAUUUCAAUGGUACGUUUGACCAUGGAUCCCGAGGGUUCUUCAUCCCAACCUUUGGGAAAUGAUGCUAUGGGAGUUUUGUUAGCUCGGUUUGAUGCCUUAUCUCGUGAUUUGGCAAAAGUUUAA